GACAGACGCCUCACAGCAGGAGACCGUGGCCAGUGUAGACACUGUGGAGAGUGUGGAUACUGGGGAUCGGCCCUUGCCCUCCUCCACUUCUGACGCUGGGACACAAUGUUAUUUGAAGCCCCCCCGAUGGUCUCACGCUGUGCAGGUUAACCUGAAGCCCAAGAUGGUUAGCGUGGGCACACAGACUUCAUUCAGCCCACAAACCUCCACUCCCCUCGCUAGUCCUGAACAGACAGUUGACGAUGAUGAUGAUAAUGCCACUGUCAUCAGUGACUUUUCGUGGGUGCCCUAAGAGCUGAUGGAUGAGGAGGAAUUGUUUGAUGAGGAGCAACCUUACACGUGUGACCCCCACCACAAUUGCAUUGACAAAUUCAUUGUUUGCCAAGAGGAGCUGAUGGGCCUUUUUGCCAUCUGUCCGGCCUGUUGUGAGAGGUCGGAUAGUAGCAUCGUGCAGCAGGAAGGAACUUUUGUUAAGAUCAAGCAGGUCUGUGCAUCAUGUGGCUACCACCGUUUCUGGCAAAACCAGCUCCACAGGAACAUGCCAACCUGCAACCUCCUGUUAAGUGGGGCCAUUCAUUUUACUGGAUGUUUGGCCACACAGACACUAAGAAUGUUGACCCUGUUUGGCCUGCAGUGCAUCAGUGCAAGCAGUUUCUUUCGCCAUCAGCGCCACUACACCAUCCCUGUAAUCGUUCAGGCCUGGCAGAAUGAUCAAGCCAAGAAUUUUAGUGACCUACGGGCAAUGGAUGGCGGGCUAAGCUCAGAGGUCCCCAACAGCUCAUGGUGUGGGCUUGAAGGGCUCAAGCGCAGUGUUGGCCUGCUGAGGGGAAACAACCUGCAUUUGGCAACGCUGAUCACGGACCGACAUCGCCAGGUUGCCAAAUGGGUGAGAGAGGAGCUGAUCCCUGAAGGGACACAGCAUUAUUUUGACGUGUGGCACAUUGCCAAAAGUCUGGGGAAGGCAUUGGAUGCAGCAUCCAAAGAGUGUGACCAACUACAGUUGUGGAGGCCAGCUAUAGUGAAUCACCUCUCUUGGACUGCAGCCUCAACCCCAGAUGGCAACCCAGCGGUCAUGGAGGCCAAAUGGAGAAGUUUAGUGAACCACAUCCAGGACAUCCAUGACCAUGACACCCCUGCCUUCUCCAGUUGUGCAUGGCCCUCUAGACGGAGAUCAGCGCAACAAAGAGUGGCUGGACCCAGGUACAGUACUGGUAUUAUGCACGCUCUACAUAGUUUUGUUUUAUUUGCUGUCUUUGAGUAA